AUGAGCGCCACCACUGUUGCUGCUGCUGCUGUUGUGAAAUCGCAGUUUGUCUGUUUUGGUACUCUGAAAUGCGUUGCGCUUAAGCCGUCGGUUGUGAGCGUCGAAAAUAUCACUGUGACAAUCGAGGAUACGGGCAGCGAGCAACGAGUGACCAUGCAAAUCGCCUUCAAACAUGUGGCCAGAGCUCUGAUGUGCCAUAACAAAGACACAAAAGCUAUAGCUUUCGUGGUUAGUGGUUACUGCGCCAGCAAAAUUCGCGAAACACUGCAAAUUUGCACAACGCCAGCUGCGACGAGCGGCAGUGAGAUGCCGUAUUUCGAUCCAGAAAGCUCACGUUUUUGCCAGAGGUAUCAAUCCCAAACCGAUGCCGACAUGCAUUUUUGUUGUUGGGGGUGUUGCAGUACUGAAUGUGCAAAGAAAUAUCGAAAUUUGUUCCGACACGAAAUGCUUGUGGAGAGAUGCUAA